AUGCCUAACUUGGAGGGGCCUAGAGCCAGCAGAAGGGUCCUGUGCACCGUCAUGGUAUCAGUGGUGAUGUACGAGGCUCCACUAUGGGCGGGCUGCCUGGAUACCGACAGGGCCAGGGCCAUAACGGUGUUCGGGGAUGCGGCGGGGGUUCUGGCGGGGAUUCCACCGCUACAUGUACUUGCAAGGGAAAGGGCGGAAGUGUAUAGGGCCACUAAAGAUGGGACCACGAUGAGGGAUGCGAAGAUGGACGCCAGAGAAGAGCUGCGGCAAUCAUGGCAGACGGAGUGGAGUCGAUCCGCGAAGGGAAACUGGACCAGGUCCCUGAUCCCUACGAUUAGGGAAUGGACCACGCGCACACACGGGGAAACAUACUUCCACCUCACGCAGGCCCUUUCGGGACACGGCUGCUUCGCCGUAUACCUGAAGAAGAUCGGCAGGGGAGAGGACGGCCAGUGCGACCACUGCAACUCGGAGCCGGACGACGCCGAACACACCCUAGUAAGGUGCACAGCCUGGGAAGAGGGUAGGAGACAGGUGGAAGCGUAG